UUCUGCCCCUCAUUCGAUAUUCAACUUCUCCAAAUCUCCCCUGGAUUUUCAAUUGUCGGUCAACAAAUUCUAGUGCCGGUUUGGUCAAGACAACAAGUGACAUUCGUCCAAAGCACUUGCAAGCACCGUUUGCGCACCAUGGCUACCAAGACUGUACGCGGAGACUUUGAGAAGGUCUUUCCUUCUCUCGUUGAAGACUUGUUGGCCGAGGCAAAGAAGUAUAAUUUGCCCGAGAAUGCCUUGCAGUGGUUCGAGAAGUCCCUCAACGCCAACACACCUGGUGGCAAACUGAAUCGAGGUAUCUCUGUUCCCGACACGGCGUCGCAACUGCUUCAACGUCCUCUCUCGCCAGAAGAGUUCAAAGACCUUGCCACUCUAGGAUGGCUCACCGAGCUGCUCCAAGCAUUCUUCCUCGUGUCCGACGACAUCAUGGACGCCAGUAUCACACGCCGGGGCGAACCUUGUUGGUAUCGUCAACCAGGCGUGGGUAUGGUGGCCAUCAACGACGCCUUUAUGUUCGAAGCCUCCAUCUACCAAAUCCUGCGCAAACGCUUUCGAUCGCACCCAGCAUAUAUUGACCUGGUGGAGCUAUUUCAAGAGGUGACAUGGCAAACUGAGAUGGGACAGCUGUGUGACUUGAUCACUGCGCCCGAGGACAAUGUGGAUCUGAACAACUUUAGCAUGAACAAGUACACAUUUAUCGUCAUCUACAAAACGGCCUACUACUCCUUCUACCUACCUGUCGCCCUUGCCCUACACUAUCUCCAGUUGGCCACUCCCGAGAACCUGAAGCAGUCAGAAAACAUCCUGAUUCCACUCGGAGAAUAUUUCCAGAUCCAAGACGACUAUCUGGAUGCCUUUGGGGACCCGGCGUUCAUUGGCAAGAUUGGCACCGACAUCAAGGACAACAAGUGUGGUUGGCUCAUCAACCAAGCGCUGUUGAUCACCACACCGGAGCAAAGAAAACUUCUUGAUGAUAACUACGGCCAGAAGGACGACGAGAAGGAGGCUCGAGUCAAGGAGUUGUAUAACGAAUUGCAGUUGGAGAAGAGAUACCAGGACUAUGAGGAGUCGCGAGUUGCUCAAUUGCGGGAGUUGAUUGCUGCAGUCGACGAGAGUCAGGGUUUGAGGAAGGGGGUAUUUGAGGUUUUCCUGGCUAAGAUUUACAAGCGAAACAAAUAGACCAGGCAGUCAUAGACUGGAGCUGUCAAUGGAGUCCACGCUCUUGGGGGUAAAUACCUACCUAUUGAUGAAUGAGGAUGAACCAAAAGGUCACGUGCGACGAACCUAGUCUUGUCAGUUGAGCGACUCUGUUGUGAUCCAUUUUAUAUUUGCCGCAAAGCAGAAGAGUGUGGUGCAGCAAGGUGAUCGUAAUUCGAGGCUAUGAAAUGCUCCUCAU